ACCAGUCAGUAUUCCCGUCAAUCGUCAUUCCGCCGCUCUCCUUCCAUCGCCAGCAUGAGUCAGACUCCUGACGGCCCCCUAUCGACAGCCAGCGAAGGCGCCGCCAGCGUCAGCUCUGUGUGUCUUGAGGAAGACACUACAAAUGCCGAGAUCGCGUGGCUGCACCGUUGUCUGCCCAUUUUCGUCCAGCCAGACGUGGACAUCAAGAACCGCAACGAUCUGGUCAAAGUGUUCUACCGCUUCGAACGCGACGAUCAGUCUGGCCACUUAUUCUGCAAGCUUUGCAUUGUAUUUGCCGGUGAGUCCAGCUAUAACCGCGUGCAGGAGGAGAUCGAAAACUCACUAGCCACGCUCUGUUACCGCACCUUCAACCGGCGGACUUACAAGCGUACAGCCGACAUCAACUACAUGGAAUUCCGAAAUGUCGACCUGGAUCCGGACGCUGCCGUCCCUUGGGCCUCCAUUUACUCGCAGGACCACGGCGGCAAGCAGCAGUGGGCGCAGGGCGAGAAGAAGGACCUCGGCAACUGGUUCUCGCUCAUGCACCACUACCAGAUAGACGUCGCCUGCUCGGGCUGGAAGCUGCACCCGCAGACUCAUCGCCCGUACAUCUACCUCAACACUUGCAACCACAUGAUCGGCGAGAAGGACAACAAUCCCAAGCUCAGCAAGUUCAACUGGAUCGACUACCCGUUCCAACAGGGAGACAAUGAAGACGCCUUCCACUACGUCGUGGACCAUGUGCCUACUAAGUGCAAUCUCUACUCGUACUUUUGCUUCUGGCGCGCUCGCAACGGUGGCGGCUGGUGCGAUCGUCACCCCGGAGGCAAGACAAUCUCACGGGAUGGUAAAUCCAUCUAUGUCAAGUAUCCAUCCACCACUGCAGGUGUGUAGCAAUACCCUCACACACGAGUACAAUAUUGUAGCUAGAAACAAGAAAAAAAAGUUUUAGAUGAAAUUUGUCACGACACUAUCCAGCAGCGGGUGUGGCUGAAGUGCCCUCUUGUGGUUGCUCUGCAUCGUCCUCGACUUUUGUCGACAAGUUGCGAGUCAUUUGUUG